AAUAACAUAGCGGUGGAUAGCCUUGGUGUACAUGAGAACAAAACUAAAAUGGCAGCAUCAAACAGCACCAAAGUGAAAUGUAAAUUUUGGGAGAAGUGUUAUAGGAAGGAUCCAGCACACAAGAAGGAAUUCCUCCACCCGGGCGACUUAUCAGCUGGUACCAGUAAGCUGUCUGGCAUAACCUUGAAGGGAAAGACGGUCGUGUUUACAGGAAUAUUAUCCCAGGGUACACGGAAACAAGCCACAGUCCGAGCAAAGGGGUUUGGACUGGUAGUCAAACCCACUGUUACUAAGACAACAGAUAUUGUUGUUGCCGGUGAGAUGCCAGGAAAAAAGCUGGACUUGGCUGAUGACAAUGGUGUGGCUGUUCUAACAGAGGAGGAAUGGGAGCAACUCUUACUUCAGUCUGCAUCUGGCCCUGGUAAAACAGGUAAACAGGGACAUCUCAUUCCCUCCAGUACUCAGACUGAAGGCAAACCAUCUCCAAGCAAAAAACAAAAGGUAGUUAGCCAUGAGGUGAGUGAGUCUGAAGGCAGCAUCACAGACGUGAACAGCUCUGAUGACGAGAACGGGACGAGAAAAACCCCUCUGAGGCGACAGAGAACCCACAACCUCAGUGACAGUGAGGAUGAGUCACCCGGGCCGGCCAUGAAAUUUAAAAAUGCCACACCCACAUUGCCAAAUGAGGGGAAGACCACACCCAGAUCACCAAAUAAGGGAAAUGCCACGGCACCGUCAUUAAACAAAGGCAAAGCUCCAAGGUGUAAAUACUGGCCUAAUUGUUACAGGAAUGACCCAACCCACCUGAAGACAUUCCACCACCCACCUGUCAUUCAAGAUGCUGACCCAGGGGAGGGAACCAGUGCAGGUGGGGGUCAGGGUGAUGCUGAUUAUGACGACGACGAUGACGAACCUGCACAUAUCAUGGAUGUUGGGGAGACAGUGGACGUAGGAAACUACAGGAUCAAGCGAGUCACUGACCAUUACUACUGCACGUGUAUGGGAUGGAAGACCCAGCCUGGCCCUGUCAACAAGCGUACAUGUAAACACCUAAGACAGCACCUUGGGGAGAAGUUUGAGGCAAAGCGUUGUGGUAACACAGGUGUUACAAAGAGACAAUCUCCUCAAGUAUCCAAGUCACCCAUUAAAACGCCUCAGUUAUUGCUGGCCCAGAAGUUUGAUGAGAAGAUAGACCCAGCAGGGUGGUGGAUGAGUGAGAAAUUGGAUGGGGUGAGGGCAUACUGGAAUGGCAAGGGAUUUUACUCCAGACUGGGCAACCCUUUCUAUGCACCAUCCUGGUUCACAAAGGGAUUACCUGCAGACAUGACAUUGGAUGGGGAGUUGUUUGGAGGAAGAGGAAAGUUCCAGUCGACUGUCAGCAUUGUAAAGACUGCAGACUCUCCAGAGUGGAAGAAGUUGACGUAUCAGGUUUUUGAUGUUCCUUGCAGUGGAUCCUUACCUUUUGAGAAGAGAAUGGAAAAGGUGAAAAAGUAUUUUGAUGAGAACAGUGCUCCAAGUGUCAUUGUUGUGACACAGACCAAGUGCAAGGGUGGAACCAAUCUGCAGGGAGAGCUGGAGAGAAUAAUAGCUCUGGGUGGAGAGGGGGUCAUGAUUCGUCAGCCAGGGUCACAGUAUGAACACAGGAGAUCACACACACUGCUGAAGUACAAGAAGUUCUAUGAUGCCGAGGCACGUGUGAUUGGCCAUGAGACAGGUAAAGGGAGAAAUGCGGGUAGAUGUGGAGCAUUACGCUGUGAAAUGGCUUGUGGGAAGAAGUUUUCUUGUGGCUCAGGGCUGAGUGACCAGGAUAGAAACAAACCUCCCAAAAUUGGAUCCAUCAUAACAUACAAGUUCCAGGAGUACACAAACGACGGCAUUCCAAGAUUCCCAACAUACCUUGGUGUGAAGAUUGACCUGAACCAGCCCUGUGACACAGAUGUCCCGCCCAAACCAGAACUCUGUGGAAGAGCCAUUGUACAAGGAACAAUGAGCUGAAUGGCUGAAUGACUUGAUUCAGAAGGCAGAACUAACCCAUGUGAUGCAGAAGACGAUAAAGUGCAGACGUUACCAGGAAGACAACGGCUAGGGAUUAGAGAAGAUGGGACGUAAAGAUGCCAUUGGAGCACGAUCAGCCCCUGUUGAUCAGUACAGGAAACAGAUUGGAAAGCAAGAUUGGAAAAAGAGCAAGAAAGAAAUGAAAUCUCUUAAAACGCAGUCUGAUCUGAAGAAGUCGGGGAUGUCUGCAAAGGACAUUGUGCUUAUAACAGGAACAAUUUUGGCCAUCCUUGGUGGGCUCUAUGGGUGGCUGUUUUGGUACCUCAACUAAGGGGAGAGAACUAGUCUAGAGAUAAAUUUGGAGAGAAGCCUUGACCAAGUACUGCCUUACGUGAUGAUCAUGUGAUAGUGUAUGGAGCUGGUUAUGUGUUCAAGAAGAAGAACAUACUUAUGAAGAUUUUAUCACUGCCUAUUCUGUGUAAGUGAUCAGAAUGCACAGUUUUAAAUGCAUAAAUAUGUAAGAUAUUGUAAAUGACCUGAUAAUUUUUCACUGAACUGUAGUGAACAUGCUCAAAUGUUACCGUCACCAUAUGUGUUCAGAAGUGUAUUUCCUGAAUCAAGCGCAAGUAGCACAUUAUCAUUAUACUGUGACUUUCUUAUACAUUUUACAUGAAAUUAUAUGUAUUCCUAAAAAAAAAUAUCUGAUGAAAGAAUGAUGAACAUGAGUUAUAUGUAACUAUAAGGUUUAUCACGUCAUUGUUGAAGAAAGAACAGUUUUUGUAUAUAGGUGUUUCCUUGGACAUUUUUCACAUAUCAUUAUUGAAACAGUUAAACAAAAACUGUAAGAUGAUCUUGACAUUGUGUGGGCUUUCCUCCUGAUUUACCAGUGUGUAGGAUGGUUUCAGAUUUACUUAAGGCAAAAAUAACAUAAAGAUGAUAUAUAUGUUAGAUGACAGAGCAUUAAACACUCUCCAUGAAAAUAGUUCAGAUUUUAUCAGCCUAGUAAAAUGCAUUUGAAACUUUGAAUUCUACGGUGACAUUUUCAGACCAUAUAAGGACCAGUGAUGUCAAAUCGACUUUUUACCACUUAUCACAUACAGACCGCUAAAUUUCACCAUUCAACAUACAUACAUACAUAUAGAUUUAAUACCAUUUUACUUGAUUGGAAAAACUCUAAGGAAAUGAAUGGAACUAUUUUCCUGGACAGUGUUGAAUGAUCUUUAUGUGAUGUAUACUUGUACUUCAUUUUAGUGUUUUCUUUGCUGUCGACAAUAGUUACUCGCCUCUACAUCUACCGCACACACAGUUACAUGUGGUGUAACUUAGCUAUGCAAUAUGAUUUAUACAUAUUAUAGGAAUAUGAGGAGAGUAAUACAUAUCUGUUAUAUGUCCAGUACAUGAUGUGUGUCUGCUGUGUGAAUCAAGCUAGCUGUCCUUGGGCUGGUUUUGUAAUGCAUCCUUGGGGCUAUUCACAGAUAACUGCCAUAGAAGUGCUAUACCUUCAGCACUAGGGAAUACGACAGUAACAUAUCUACCUAUGGCCAGCAAGUUCAUGUAUUAGAAAAUUUCACCUUUUACUCAUGAUCUGCUGUUUGUAAUAUUUAAAAAAAAUUUUUUUUUUUCAAAAUUGUGUCUCUCACCACAUUAUCACCGAAAUAUUGAAGCUUAAAGUCAUAAUCAUUCAUUGAUUUAAAAUAGUUUCUUAAUUGACCUCAAUUAUCUCGUUAACAACACUUGGCUUUGACCAUGAUGGCAUCGUAGUGUGUAUGUCCCACACGAAAAAGUUUGUAACUUUCCAAAGGUUGAUGGUUUACCAUGGACAUUACUAGUGAUAUGUCAGACGCAUGACAUUAAUAAACAAUGAAAAAAAAAUACAACAUUAUUUAAAAUAAUAUGCUGACAUUUUGACAAUUCUGUUAUUUUAAAGGUUUAUAAUACUGUUGACAUUUUUGGAUAUUUGUCAGAUUUUUGUCUAUGCAAUGAAUACCUUAGUGAGCAUUUGCAGUGACUUGAGUCGCCCAUUUUACAAAAGAGGACCAACCUUUAUCGGACCUUACUGUCAUGAUAACGCCAUACUGUGGAGAUUGUAGUUGCAUUGGACGUAUAAAGGUUACACCCUCUUUGUAAAAUGGGCUGCAGGCCCCAACUUCAUGAAGUUGUCUUAGACUUAAGUCAGUGUUUUGUCUUAACUUCAGAACAAUUUACUGCGCUAAAUAGGUUCCUACAAGGAAUUUUUAUUUUAGAGUUCUCUUAGAGGUUCAUGACAAAAUUGAAAAUUUGCAUUUAGAAUCAAAUUUGUUCAGAAAUAAUGCUGUAAGUUUAGACUAAUUCUGACCUAAGUACUGAGGCCAUGCGUAAAGAGAGGAGAGAGGGUGCGAGAAAGUGUAACAACAUACGUGUAUAUUUUUGUUUAGGAUUAU